CCCCUUGAAUCCUCAACUCAAGAACCAGGGGGCGUCGUUGGAUAAGAUACGAAGGAGUAGCUCAUUGGUUGAAGAGAGUUCCUUUUAAACCCCUUUAAAGCGCCCUCUGCUGGUAAGCAGUUGAACACAACGAGCACAAACUAUACCUUGUGCUAGGUACUGUAGCAAUGACUCCGUGAGGUAUAUAUAUUAUAAAAAACGCAUAUAUAUGCAUAUACGCAUAUAUAUUAAAUAAUGAUGUUAAUUUGAUCGUUAUUUUGAAGAUUUCAAUGUUUUGUGCUCACUGUAUUAUUAAAAAGGUCAGAUUUCUUCCUAAACAUGUUCAUUAUUGUAUACAUUGCAUACAUUUACUUCAUAAUAGCGUUAGCUUUCAAUAACAGGAGCUACAGAUUCAGUCAUUCAGUCAAUUUUAAUUUUUAACAGGAAUGGGAAAAAAAGCUGAAAGUGACAGAAAUACAUGUUCAGCUGAUGAAACAUCUUUAGUAAAGACAUUCAAUGGGCAGAAUCUCAGUAAAACAGUAGUGAGUUGUUACAAUUACAUACGAUGUUGGACCUCAUACAGUAUAUUUCAUAGUGAGGACUGCAAGCAGGGAUGUCCAAAUUCAACUUCUGGAGUAGUUCCAAUCCCAAAUAAACACAUUUGCACCAUCUAAUCAAGGUAUUAAGCAUACUAGAAACCUGUGUGUUGAAGCAAGCUGGAGCUAAACACUGGAGGAUGUUGUCUCCCCAGGACCAAGUUUGGACACCCCCGGCCUACAGUCUGGGCCAGGGGUGUCCACUUCUGAUCCUGGGGGGCCGGGAUCCUGCAAAAUUUAACUCGACCACCAAUUAAACAUACUUGAACAACCAGAGCAUACCAGAACAUUCAUACUAGAAACGUCCAGUUAUGUGUGUUGGAGCUAAAUUCUGUCUGUAGGGCAGUAACCCUUAAGGCCCAAGUUUGGACAUUCCUGGUCUACGCUUUUCAGUUUCAUACAAAAGUUCACAUCUUAAAAAUUUUAGAACAAGAUCAACAGGACAGGGAUAUACAUCACAUUACAUGCUCAUAUAACACAAAGACGCUAUAUUUAGCCUAUCUUAAUACGGAGCUAAUUAAAGACAGCAAGAAGAGAAAGCAGACUGGUGUUUAUAAGAGACAGAAAAAAUAAUGUAGCUGGUGUAGACCAUCGAGGGACUCGGUGAUUGACAGAGACAGGCAACACCAACAGCUGAGUCUAAGAAUGGAGAAAGCAGCAGAGAGGAAUGAAGAUACAGCACAAAGGUUAGAGCUAAAUAUGGCUGAAUUGAAAAGCACCCCAGUAACUGUCCACAGUGUUUAGUGACGUUUAUACAGCAGCUUUCUGCUCAUCCACUGAAGAGAGACCCAAAAUGUGUCACUAUCUAGAGGUUUAAGUGUUAAUGAAAUUCUUAUUAGCUGUUCAUUCAUGCUGUAGCAUUCAUGUACUUGUUAUUUUUGUCCAUUUUUUUGACCAGUGCAUCAACAAUAAUACAGUUGCUGUGUUUUCUCACACAACUGUCUAAUUGCAACAUGACACCCGCCAACACCAACAUACAGAAGGGGACAACAUUUCUGAGGGGGUGGGGAGCGUGUAGGCCAUGUGAAAGGUGCAAGAGACCCUCUCUUAGAGCAGUUGUGCUGCUAGAGAAAUGAAAGAGACCCACGGAUACAAAGAACAUGGAAAUCAGAAAUGAACAGGAAUUUCUUUCUUUUGCAUGCGAGGAGUAAACGGAAGUUGUUGGCUGCGAGAGCAUAAGGGGGAGUGCAGAUCCCGGAAAGAUACGGAUCAGAGAGCUAGGCCGUGAAAAUCUCUUGAAGGACACAGAGUGUAAGAAAAGGAAACUACUACUAGCACCCGGCAUUUUUAUACCUGGAUUAAAUGCAAAAAUAUAUGUGACUGUAAUUAUAGAAGCAUAUCUACAACAUACAUUUCCAGAACAGUGAUACCAGUGAACGAGAACUCCCUUUUUCAAACAGUUAACUGAAAAAUAUACUUGCAAUAGUCAUUGGACAAGCUUACAUGAAUUGUGAAUUUUUUUAACAUUUACAUCAGGGGGAUUUUAACACAUCAACACACUGCAGCAGCAGUCACAGAGGAAGUUUUGUCGGAUUCUGAAAGAGACUGGAUUUUAACAACAACUAAUUUUCUGUAAUUUUCUGGUAUGGUUAAGGAAGCGAUACAAAUGUUUCUAAACUCUAUUCUUGUGGUCAUUACUGACCUGGCAGCUGGAUUUCUUGGCAACGCAUCAUUUCGACGUCAUUUUCAUUUACUGCUGUCUUCAUUACUUUUGUUUGGGCCCCUGCUCAGCCUAUGGGUUUCCCAUUAUAGUGUCUUUGCAAAGAGGACUCAUUUUCUCUAUAGGGUGUUCCUGCGCUCAGGUUGGGGCUGGACCUGCAUCUUCGUUGGCUCUUUUGUCUUCCUCCUGUCUUUCUCAGUUCGUCGCUCACUUACACUUUCCCUACGACACCUUUCUCGGCUAGUUGUGGCAGGUGGGCUGUGGCUGGGUUUCCGCAAACUGCUUUGUCUGUUGGAAAAUGCCACCGGGAGCUGCUACGAGCCCCUCAGCUCCGCUCUUGAGUUGGCUUCAGGGACCAAUGGAGAUCAGCCUUUACUGCUUUUACGAGAAGGUGAAACAAAGGAUGCCUGCGUCCGCUCUGGCAUGUUGUGGCGUGGCUAUGAAGUUUCUGAAGAUGCCCUCCUACUGUGUUUGUGCUGCCUGCUUCUAGCCGAGGAGACUGCAGUUUUUGGGCCCUACCUGAACCUGGGUGGACCCUCUGGAGCCCCGCUGCGCAUUCUCUUCCUGUUCUGCGUCCUGCUGUUGAGUCUCUGGGUGUUCCUACUGCUCUGCCUGCUGGCUUACUUCCCACAGUUUCCUACUCAGCUUUUGGGAGGUGCUCUGGGUUGUUUGAGCUGGAGAGCGUUGUAUCAGGGCUGGUACCGACUUGGACCUAGUUGGUACUGCCCCGGGAGGCCAGGGGUGGGACUUUUGUCUACACAGAGCAAACAGGAAGAAACAUCUGAGACACUGUGUGAAAGUAAUGCUAAUGAGAUCAACUAGACAAGGCUUGAGCAGUUCGCUUGGUAGAAUUUGGACUAACUAUAGAUAAUGGUGCUGUAUACAAGUGAAAACCUGAACAAAUCUCUACCAAAUUUGACAUUAUCAAAAUCGCUGGUCUUUAUGUUUUAAUGCGUGUUUAAUAAAUCCUCGACCCAAACCGAAACAGGCCGAGGUACUUCACCUAAAAAUUUCCUUCAAACCUGUAUGACUUUACGAUGUUCACUGCCGUUUCCAGACUCUCUAAAUGUUUUUUUGUGUUUCACAGAAUGCUAUGCAGGUUCAGGAGAAAAUGUGAUUUACUAAAUAGUGACAGAUUUCUAUUUUACGGUGAACUGUAUGUUUAUUUCAAUGUAUCUCAGGUGCAAGUUAAAAUAUACUUCCCAUUAGUUUGAACAUUAAUACACAACUGGUUUCUUGAAACCAGGAUUACAGAACAAAUGAAGACGCAAAUGAGACAUCAUAUUGGUUUAUUAGAUUCUUCCUUGACAAUCUCAAUUGUUUUUUUAUUACAAAAAUAUUCACAGAAUUUCUGGAAAGCUUGGCCUUAAAUAAGAAACUUGUGAUUCAUUUAUACCCAGAUGCAUAUGUAAAUUGAAGAAAGAGAAAAUUAAUUUUGGGUCCAUGUGGUAUAAACUUUUAUGCGGUUAUCAACAUCUCUAAACAUGAACUAUCUUUCAAACAAAGCUUUCACAACUGAAAAAAAAAACAUCAGUGGCC